CAAGACUUGGCAAAACAUUGACGCAACGCCUGCAGCGGACAGCUGCGCGAGGGGUUAAGAAAACCGUUUCAAAAGUCAAACAAUUAAAAUCGUUCCGUAAGCGCCUCGCGUAUUGGCAACCGUAAUAAUGACAUAAUUUUCGAUCUCGUUUUAAUUAAUUGUCGCAUCGAUUGCGGAUCGGCGAACCCGAAAGAAGGAGCGAGAAAAAAAAAGCACAAUCCGACAGACCGUCACGGAGAUUUCCGAUCCUUGAAAUGCCCGCGCGACUCCGUAUAGACUCCACAUCGCUCGCUUGUGCAACCCAGGCAGCUGAAGUGAUAUAAUUGUCGCCGCUCGGCAACGGACAGCUUCAGUACGUGCUACCGGUCCUUCAGGCGAGGAUCAUCAUGGCGAACAAGAGUAGGAGGUCCAUCGAGGAGGUUCUCGUGCCGCUGCUGUUGUUUCUUUUGCACAUGGUGUCCCAGUGCUCGGCGAAACAGGACGGCCCUCAAAAGCACAACAGCUCGAGAAACCAAGAGAAUCCGGCCGAAGCGACGACAACGUUCCCCGUAAACCCUUACGUCUUCUCGGCCGAAGACUACGACGUACUCCAAGACGCGGGAAGCUUGCAGCAGGCUUUAUCGAUCGUGAGCUACGAGCCGCAAAAGAUCGACGGCAAAGGGCUGGAGAGCAGAGCCGUGAAAAGGAGCGACGGUAUCGCAGAAAAAGCCACUCGUCGGCAAGCCUUGCAUCGUCCGCCCAGUCCAACGACGACGCAGCUGCCCCUCGAAAAGAAGUACUACGAAGUUCCUCGCAAACAAUCGAGAAGCCGCGUGAAUAAUGCCGAAAGAGAAGCUCCGAGCACCAACGCAUCCAAAUUGGCCGGCGAGGCCUCGUCUCCGCGGCGAGCUUACGAGCCGGCCCCGGAAAAUUCAUUUCAUCAUCAUCCUUUGCCGCUUUAUCCGCCGUUGACCGAGAGACCCGUGUCUAAUAGCGCAAGGUCGACGGAUAAUUACGGCGCUGCGUCGCGGGCAGAUGACGCCGUGAAAAGGAAGCGAAAUAGGGCGCAAAAGCCGGAAGUGCUGGUACAGGCCCGUGACAGAGUGCCCAGGCCGUUCUCGCUGCCGACGGCUCCAACCAGGAACAGGGUGACUGCUUCGACGGAGCAGCAGACGUUCGGCGCCACGGCCCCCGCGAGACAGCAGCAGGAGCCAGCCAAUCCCGUAGCACCUGCCAGGCAGCAGAAGUUGCCGAUCGAGCUGGCGGCGAAGCUGGACCAGGAGCAGCAGCAGACCGCUCCGUACGCGACGGAAUUCGCGCAUCACUUCCGUCCGACGGCAGCGGUUAGGCAACAUCCGCAAGCUGUUCCCGCGAGACAACGGCAGCAGCAGCAGCAGCACUCGCAAACGAUCCAGCACUCGAUACCACCCAGGCAGUAUCCCUCGCCGUCUCCGUACUCCACGAGGUCGGGGAGCCAGGAGGAGAUCGUCACGUUCCGUCCGCCCCCAGCGCGAAGACGGAACUCGGUACGUCGGGCCACGUCGACGGAGCAGCCGACGAUGUACACCGUCCCAAGACGGCCAGAUCGAGCCGGCGUAGGUUCCGUGCCACCCAGGCAAGCUUCUACCGUCCCGACGACUCGGGAGCAACCCCACGGCUUCUCCACGACACCGACCAGAGAGGAGCACCAGAGCCUGCCUCACGGAACCGUCCCAUCGAGGCAGAAUCUCAACCACCAGAACCUUCCAUCCAGACGCAACGGCGCUCGCCAGCAGGUGACAGACGCUCACUCGAGCGAGCAGACGGCUCCGCAACCGCGAGCACCUUCCAGACGCAAGACCGCGCGGCAGGACGUGCAGGCCGACGUGCAGGCGGACGUGUCUCCUCCGACGGUCAGAGCGGAGCACAACUCGGGCACGAUGUCCCAGCCGAUCUACGUGCCAGCCACGAUACCUCACAAGGAGUACGUGGUGGACGACGGCGAUUCCAACGAGUACCCCAGCAGCAACGAGAACGCCCGAGACAACAACAACGACAACAAGCAGUACAGCUACAGCCACGUGGAGCGCUACGUGGAACCGCUGGACGACUCCGCCGAGGAGCAGCAGAGGGAACCGUCCUACGAGGUCAUCGAGGACGCGCUGGACUAUCCCGACCGAGCACCAGCAGCCCGAGCCAAGAACUCACCGGUGCUGCAGAGAGGAGCCCUCAAACGAGUCGUGCCGGCGGACUACAACGAGCAGGGCCUGCAGUACGUCGAGCCUCGGGCCGACUACGACCAGACGCAAGGUCAGAACGUGAACCAGCCGGAAGUGGCCGAGGCCCAGCAUCAUCCCCGAGGAGAGGAGGCCGAUCUGGUCGAGGAGGCCGACCACCAGCACAAGAAGCAGCACAAACCCAAGAAGGAACAUCACGAGGCCGAGGAGGGCGGCUCCGAGGAGCACCACGAGGGCGAGCACCAGGAGCACGGGGAACACGGCGAGAAGGGCUACAAGGAGCAGCACGAGCACGAGGAGGGCGAGAAGGGCCAGCACGACAAGGAGAAGCACGAGCAGCACUACGACGAGAAGGAGGGCAAGGACAAGGAGCAGCACGAGGAGGCCGGCUUCGAGGAGCAACACGAGAAGGGCGAGGAGGGCGAGAAGAAGGCCGCCUUCAGCGAGAAGGGACACCACGACAAGGGCCACAGCACCAAGGGCGAGCACGUGAUCCACAAAAAGGACGAGUUUGAAAAGAAGACCGAGUUCUUCGACGAGUUCCACGAGGGCGGCGACAUGGAGAAGGACGGUGGCUACCACGAGGAACACCAGCACAAGAAGGGCGGCCACCACAAGAAGGGCCACCGCCACAAGGGCGAGCACGAGAAGCACCACGGCGAGAAGGGCCAGCACGACAAGGGCCACCAUCAUCACGAGAAGAAGGGCCAUAGCGAGGAGGAGGCCGACGAUCAUCAUCGUCACCACGAGGAGCGACACGGCAAGAAGGCCGGACACGCGGACCACAAGCACUGGCACCACAAGAAGGGAGACCGACGCUGAGGAGAGACUUGACUCUCGGUUUAUUAUUCUCAAUUACGUGAGAGCCAGUAAGCGAUCGUCGGUCGUUUAUUUAUCGACGAUCAUCACCUGUCUGUACAUAGCCUGCACCGAAGUAUGUAGGAGAGCCUGGAGCUCUGAGAAUUUUGUAAUAAUAUAACGAUACACCAGAGUGUGUUUGCGGAGGAGUACAUUCACAAAAGUUAGAACUUCGGAUACGAAUAUCCUAAAGAAAUCUCUGCAACUUUCAUCGCGUAGACCAUACAGUACAAGUUUUAUGAAAAAAGUUUGCGCCAGCGACGGCGAAUUUCAAAACGUCGAUACACAUUUCCCGGAUCAAUAAAGCCGCUGUCUAUACAUUUUCUAAUAA